AUGCCUAGCCACCGGUUGAUCGGAAUUGCCUACUUUGAUGGCCUUAUGUAUUGCCAAUUGGUGGUUCGCCAUUCUUGUCCUAAGGUAAUCCUGGGUCUUCCCCACAUAAAACCUGCCACAAGGACAAUGAAGCAGAUAUACAAUGAAUGUGGUAGUGCAGGUGACCCUUUGCUGUAUAUGGAAUUUCUUGUUGGACCAACAAAUUUUUGCAAUGAAAGUAAUAUAUCUGUUCCUGUAAAUGGAUCUUUUGAAUUGCUGACAUUUGGAAAAAUCGUAGUUGGAAGGUUUGGAUAUUCCAAUGAGAUAUGUGAAAACUAUACAUUACUUGAUGAAAACAAUAUUCCAGUUCUACAAAGUGCUUCAGUUCAAAAAUGUGAUGAAAAUCUUGAUACCUUACUUGAGAAGAUUAAUACCAGUAUGACAGAAGAAGCCGUUACAAAUAUUUCCAUCAGUACUCAGCUCUUGACCUCUCAACCAGAACAAUUGAAUGCUCAGAAUAUUUCCUCUGCAUUAGACAUUGUACACAGGAUACUUGGCAAUUCUCAAGUUCCGAAUGUAGCUACAAUUGCAGCUGAGGCAGCAGUCACCACCGUUAGUCAAAUUAUGAGUGCCAAUACAAAAAUAUUUAUGACUGAUAAUGAAGAUUUAAUACAGAGUGCAGAAAGACUGACGAAAACAAUGGAAAGCUUUUCUUUGAAUGCCAGUACUCCAUCUGUAGUACAACCUAAUGUGGCAGUACUUCAGUCACCUGUAUUAAUUGGUAAAGGAGUUUCAGUCACAUCAUUAAGAGGUUUGGAUGGUGAAAGUGGCUUAUUAUUAAAUAGAAUUGAAGUAGAAAAUUCAACAGAACUUCUGGUUAACACAUCAGCAGAAUUUCAGAUUUUUAUCAAUUCAUCUGAAAAUUCAUAUUUGGAUAGCAGAGUUGGCUUUGUGAUGUAUCAGAAUGACAACCUAUUUCGUUCCAAAAUUCAUGAAGCAGGACUUGGUUUUAGAAAAAGUAUAAUAUCUGGCAACAUAGCAUCUGACAAAGGAAUAUUUGUAGAUUUUAUCUUUAACCCACAGUAUAACUCUUCGUAUACCUUGGUGGAUUAUGCAUGUGUCUUUUGGGACUAUGUCAAGAAUGAUUGGAACACAGCUGGCUGUACAAAGAUUGCUAAUGACUUGGGACUCUUAAGAUGUAUCUGCAAUCAUACUACAAACUUUGCCGUGUUAAUGAACUUCAGAGAUAACAUCAAGUAUGCAAAACCACUGAGCAUUCUGUCUGCUGUAGGCUGUAGCCUUUCUAUUAUUGGAUUAGCUAUUACAAUUAUAUUUCAAGUUUUAACCAGAAAGAAACAAAAAAAUCCAUGGAUACUUAUUAGUCUUUGCUCAUCAAUGCUGAUUUUCAACAUAAUCUUCAUGGCCGGACUGCAAAACAAAAAUGCAGAAAAGACAGAAGAUAAUGUGAAAGAUCCACUUAACAUAAUUCCCCCUUCAGACAAGAGUGAUCCACCUGAAAAUCCGCACAUGUACCGCUGUAGCUGUUUUACUACAUUACUUUCUGCUCGGCAACAUUUUGUAUGGACAACAGUUAUUGCUGCUCAGAUGUAUUUCUACUAUGUUGACAUUGCCCUUCGGCUUCCCAUCUUACUUCUUCAGAUAUGCUUUAUUAAUUGGAUGGGCUGCUGGCUGGCUGCCUUGGACAGGAAAGGGAAAUUUGAUCUAACAAAGCCAAUGUUGUGGGCUUUCCUUGUGCCAGUGGGGAUCAUUCUUCUGAUAAACAUUUCCAUUUUGAUUACAGUUAUAUGGAAAACUUUUCGUGGACACAAUUCUAAAUUAAGAAGCACAAAAAGGACAUCUAUUUUAGAGAAGACUAUUAGAGUGUUAUCUAUAGCGGUUUAUUUUGGAGUCACCUGGAUCUUUGGUUAUAUGAUGCUAAUCAAUGAAACAGGAUUUAUCUUCAGCCUUAUCUUCUGCAUUUGUAAUUCAACUCAGCUUAACAGUAAGUGCAACAUAGGAAAUCAUUUAUCUUAG